AUGGUCAUGGACUCGAACCAGGCUCAACUGCGGCAACAUAUACACACACCUGCCUUCACCUUCAACCCCAACAACAAAUUCAGAAGAGACGUCCCGCCGCCACACCAGACUCCUAUCAUCAUGAUGAAUGGGAGUGAGAUGCCCGUCAAGACCGAGGCUCCGGCCGCGCCAACAGGGGUAUGGACAACACCGACAUCCCAGAGUAAGCGACCAAGGCCGGCUACUAUCCACGAGGGCUUCUCGUUCUGUACCGGGGAUGAAUAUGGAACGCUGCCUUCGUGGGACGUAUCAUCCACACUAGCCAUGCAGACACCAAGCGACACCAUGUCGCGACCGGUCUCCAUGCACCAGGACUUUUACCCAGUGACGACUAUGGAUAACAGGGAGUCCAUAUGGGCGAACACAGGUUCCUCGCUGACCUAUGGCGCAGACGUCUGGGGGCACAAGACAUGUGAAGACAACCUGGAGAUGCCAAACUUCGACAACGAUAUGCACAUCGGGCAAGCCUAUACGACAGACGAGGCGAUUCCCAUAUUGGAUCUUCGAUACGCGAGCCAGCAUAUGGAUCACGAUUCGUCCAACUUCGAGCCCAGUAUGAACCAUCGCCGUAUGUCAGGGUCUUCGUUCACCAUGUCAACGACUGGGGGUCUCUCCGACAUGCCUUCGUACGAGGACUUCUCUGCUGCUCUGUCAGAGGCACCAUCUUUCACAUCGGACUAUCCGCCACUGUCGAACCGGAACUCGCUCAUGUCUUCGACACAACUGUCACCUGUAGCAUCUCCUCGCAUGACGCCGCAGAGUCGCUCGGAGCUUGUUCGCACCCAGAGUCGCGGUCGUGGCGCCUCUCCGUCCCCUCGACCAGGCAUGAGGUCCGCUCCCUACACCGUGGACAGCAGCUCAAGGAACAAGAGAUGGUCUACCGGGUCGUAUGGUACCACACCGAGCCGACGACCGUCGCCGUUUGUCUACAACCACACGCAUGAAGCCUUUGGUGCCCGAAUGUCAUCGCGACACUCGUCGCCGAUAAUAUCGAACAACCCACUCCCCUUGAAUUUUGGCAACCUCCAAGCGGCCCAGCAGCAUCCGUUCCUCAUGACGCAACCUGCGCCUUUUCGCAACAGCAUGCUACUGCCAACGCAAAUGCCAUCUCAAAUGCCGCCACAGGGGUUCCAUCACCACGACCCGCACCACUUCGAGAAUCCGCCCCCAUUGCUAUCCCAUGGAUUAUUCAGGAUGCUGCAAAGCAAUGCUGAUCCUCAUUCGCUGCAUGGCCAUUACACCGAUCUCUCUGAUCCGCCGGACCUGUACGCCUCUCUUCACGAGGAGCAGAUCCCGCCGCCGCCCGAGGAUAUGAACCCGUCCGAUCCGGACAUGGUUCCCCACGAGCAAGAAUUACGUUUUGAAGGCGAUCUGUACACGCCGAGAUGGGUCCGUGGCCACGGAAACAAGCGCGAGGGAUGGUGCGGCAUCUGCAAACCUGGCCGAUGGCUCGUGUUGAAGAACUCGGCUUUCUGGUACGACAAGAGUUUCACCCACGGUAUUAGCGCGGCGACAGGCAAUCCGUUCCAGGAACCCCAGGAAACCAGGCGGAUGGACGGCAAUCCAGACGUCUGGGAGGGCCUCUGUGGCAGCUGCAACGACUGGAUCGCGCUGGUCAGCAGUAAGAAGAAGGGUACAACGUGGUUCCGCCACGCCUACAAGUGUCACACCCAUCCCAAGGUCAAGGAUGCGCCGAAGAGGCGGCGCGAGAGCAGUCACUCGAGGGCUCUUGCGGCUUCAUCAAUGUCGAAGCCAAAGGUAGAACCACAACAGCAACAACCGAUGACCCCUCAGCCGACGUCUGCGACCGUUUCUCUGGCCACAACGCCGACUCCGGGUCAAAUGUCGGUCAACAUGCAACAGCACCAGCAUCAACAGAUGGUCCAGCCAGAGCAGCUUCAAACGCAAGCGGGCUUUCCACCCAUGGAUGGAUUCUCCAACAUGAUCUAG